CGGAGCCAGAGAGGCGCCUGCGAAGCUGCAGGCGACGGCGUCAGCGGCGACAGCGCAGCAAAAGCAAAGGAAAAAGCCACCAGACGGACCAGGGGCCCCAGAAGCCCCGCCAUAGACUCAGAACUUUUACAGGUCGCGCUGUGACGAACACUCUCCCCUUCGCCCCCCAAGUCCUCCUGCAGAACAGGGUUUUGCAUUUCCCGCUGCAAGCAGCGGGAACAGCAGUUGCAAGCAGCAGCAAGUGCAGAUAGGCGGGGGUCUCCUGCUUCUCGGAACCGUGACCCGUGGAAUUCCUUUCCUUUUUCCAUUCCCACGCAGUAGAGAUGCUGUCUCCGGAUUUCUGAACUCAAAUGCUUCCUGACGCUUGAAAGUGGAGGAAUUCAGAGCCACAAGAAGCAGACAGCGCAUCUAGAAGCAUUUAUCUUCUGAGCGCCAACUCUCCUGCUUGCAAGGAAAGAGUUCUGCCCAGAAAGAGCCUAUAGCCCUCCUGCUUGGUUAAGCAGGACCCCGACUCCCGGGGCAGCUUAACCACUUAGUGGAAGAAUGGAUAAUGUCCUCCAGGUAGACUCAGACCUCUUCCCAAAUAUCUCCACCAACACCUCGGAGCCCAACCAGUUCGUGCAGCCGGCCUGGCAAAUAGUCCUUUGGGCAGCUGCCUACACGGUCAUCGUGGUGACCUCUGUCGUGGGCAAUGUGGUGGUGAUGUGGAUCAUCCUGGCCCACAAGAGAAUGAGGACAGUGACUAACUAUUUCCUGGUGAAUCUGGCUUUCGCAGAGGCAUCCAUGGCUGCGUUCAACACGGUGGUGAACUUCACCUAUGCUGUCCACAACGAGUGGUACUAUGGCCUGUUCUAUUGUAAGUUCCACAACUUCUUCCCCAUCGCUGCUGUCUUCGCCAGCAUCUACUCCAUGACGGCUGUGGCCUUCGACAGGUACAUGGCCAUCAUCCAUCCCCUCCAGCCUCGGCUCUCAGCCACGGCCACCAAGGUGGUCAUCUGUGUCAUCUGGGUCCUGGCUCUUCUACUGGCCUUCCCCCAGGGCUACUACUCAACCACAGAGACCAUGCCCAACAGAGUCGUGUGCAUGAUUGAAUGGCCCAAACAUCCCGACAAGAUCUACGAGAAAGUGUACCACAUCUGCGUGACUGUGCUGAUCUACUUCCUUCCCCUGCUGGUAAUCGGCUAUGCGUACACCGUGGUGGGCAUCACGCUGUGGGCCAGCGAGAUCCCUGGGGACUCCUCGGACCGCUACCAUGAGCAGGUCUCUGCCAAGCGCAAGGUGGUCAAAAUGAUGAUCAUCGUGGUGUGCACUUUCGCCAUCUGCUGGCUGCCCUUCCACAUCUUCUUCCUCCUGCCCUACAUCAACCCCGACCUCUACCUGGAGAAGUUCAUUCAGCAGGUCUACCUGGCGGUCAUGUGGCUGGCCAUGAGCUCCACCAUGUACAACCCCAUCAUCUACUGCUGCCUCAACGACAGGUUCCGUCUGGGCUUCAAGCAUGCCUUCCGGUGCUGCCCCUUUAUCAGUGCCGGCGACUAUGAGGGGCUCGAAAUGAAAUCCACCCGUUACCUCCAAACCCAGGGCAGCGUGUAUAAGGGUGAACAAAAGAAGGAACUACGUAAAAUCCGAAGGAAAGAUUUAACUCCGUCUUCUAAGCAUCUGUGAAAAGGAAGCAUGGGUGCCUUCCUUUAGGCACUUCAAUCUUUCAGUGCACAGAAACAUCCUAAGAUUGAAAAGCUCGGGUUCAUCUGCAUUAUGUCCCUAGGGGCUGUCCUGGGUGACCAGUAUGACAGAAUAUGUCCACUCAUGCCAGCUAAUGUCUGCUACAGACCAAGAAUCGGGAGGCCUGGGCCACACUUAAUCUAUCUGAGCCUCUUUCAUUAUCUGUGAAGCCAUGGGGCUGAACGAGAUAACCUAAGUAUCCCUUUUAACAUUCAAUGGUUCGAGAAUUGUAUGAGUUUUUUGUUUGCUUCACCAAAAAUUGGUGGUCUCAAAAAGAAUAGGAAUAACAAGUCCAGUGACUUAAUACCCAGAUCCUGGAGAGUAGCAACUGCUAACAUGUGUCAAUACCCAUAGCAAACGUUCUCUGAUCUAUCCUAAAACCACAAGUACUUUCCUUCUUCUGGAACAUCUUGUUCUUUGACAGAGCAGAGGACUUCAUGUCAAAGCCUGCCUCUCUCCAUCAGAGGUUAACAGGCCAAGUCCCCCAGCUGGAGAUGCCAUUAAGGAAGAUAAACAUAGGAACUCCCUGUGCUGGCCUUUUGGGGUAUCUUAGGGCAGGGACACUAAUGUGGUCUGAGCUUUUAGUAGCACAAGCCAUGUGCUCAAAUGUCCAAUGAACCGGAGGCUGCCCCCUGCAGCCCCACUUGUGGGAAGAGGCCACCUUAUAUCUUCCCUUCUGAUUCUCUGAAUCUUCCCUUCCUGCCGCCCAUGGCUUCACUGGCCACCUGUCUGUAAGGGGUGGGAUGACCCACCCACCCACAGGACAGUCUACCAAGAGCCAUGAAUGUAAUCCUGCCUGUCCCACUGAAGCUUUGAGGAGUCCAGCAGGUGAGCACGCAGCUUCUUUCUGUCUCCUAGAUUUGUGUUUUAUCCCCAGAUGUGGCUGAAAGCAGAAGUCUCAGGUACCAUCCAUGAAUGUCCUUUUCGUGGUUUGAAGAAUGGGUGCACCUGUGCUGCAUUUGUGGCGUUGAGGGAGACCAGUGCUGCCCACGGACGGGCCUUACAGCCUUUCCCAGCCAUGCAGGCUGGAACCCUCCCAGGGCAUUAACAGGCCUGGGGAAGUUAUACAGCAGCAGAAUAAGCCAGAACAACCCUAGAGCCGUAUUCUGCAAAGCAACAUGGGAAUGAAUAAAUAAACGAAAUAAAACCAGCUCAGUGCAGAUAGAUGAAUGAAAGACAUAAUUUAAGGGCAAAAAAAAAAAAAAAAUUCAAUGCCCAAAGCAUUAGUCAUACUUCCAAUAAAGAAUUGUACUGUGUGUGGAUUAUUCACUCCACGGGAGUAUGUAAGGAACCAGCAUGAUUAUGAGACAUACCUAAGAAGAAAGUGUCAAGGAAUUGAAAACAUCCUCUCUAUUGAAGAGGCAAGGGUUAAAUUCAACAAGGAUUUGUUGAGUACCUGCUCUGUACUUAGCUCUGAGCUGGGGACACAAAACUCCUCCCACUCUUGAGGAACAUACCAGACUGGCCGUGGCUAACUCGCCUGUCCUAUUGGGUCCAGACUGCCCAUCAGGCGUGGAGGCAGCUGAGAAGCACAUUCUCCCUGGGAUUCUAAAGACCCACACUCAACGCCGGUAAUCAAGCCAAAGUCUGGGAACUUCAGAGAGCCUUUUGCAAUGAGUUCACGGAGAUUGAUACAAAGGGAGCCACCAGUCAGUCCAGGGUAACUGAAGGGAUAUGGUUGGAUAGCAUCAUCACUGCACACCAUAAGGGAGACUAUUGGAUGGUCGUGACUGGUUCAAAUAUGGCAGAAGAUCCCUGUCGAGGGCCCAGCAAGCCUCCCUCUGACCCACUGUCCGGCAUCCACUGAACUUAUAAAAAUGUUGGAGGCUCCCGUGUAUGAGAAACACCAUGAUUUGCACCGUGCAUGGGUCUCAUUCUUACAGCAGUGUGUCACCCUGGGUUUAUCUCUUGAGCUUUUUCCUUGGUCUACUGUUCAGUAGUAAUAGAAUAUAAGACAUCAUGGGGCCAUCUUUGUUAUGUUUACUUCCAAAAUGUGGGAUCCAGUGCCUGUCAAUGUGUUAUUUGUAUUGUGCCAAUGUCUCCUCUUCAUUCUGUCACAGAGAGGAGCUGAUUCAUGUCAUGGACUCACAGUCAGACCAUAGUACUUGACGGGUGGGUGGGUGGGAGAACUUUCUGGAGGGACUGAGGGCAGGAAUCCUUGCCCUGCUCACCCCCACCAGAAUUCAGAGACACAAUAGAAUGUCCUUUCUUUUGGAAGGACUAAAAGGACUCCUGGGAAAAGAGGACUCAGGAGCUGACCUCAUUGACCUGGUUUUUGAGAAGAGUCCUGUAAGUAAGUGGACAGGGUUCAUUCCUGAGGUUUUCUUGAAUCCUGGAAAGAAUUUUCAUUCAUAAAUAAAGUAUGU